GAGAGUACAAUUUUAUGGUUAUUUUUCCGAGGAAGAAAAAAGAAAGAGUAGAGAGGAAGAUAUGCAGCUCUAUGCUCUCAAUUAACGACCACAAUGAUCGCUGGAGCGAGCUCCUGGAGAUUCAAAAUCUUUUGAAUGGAUUUGCUUUAGAAACCAUAUGUAGAUGCUCAAUUCAGCUCCGACCGCGUCGGAUUCAGUUCGUUUCUGCAGAUUUUAGGGUUCAUCCAAGCGUAGAUGGCCACCACUGCUCCAACAAUCCCCUCUUGGAUUCCCGAAGACGAUCUCUUGUUGAAGAACUCCGUCGAGGCAGGUGCUUCUUUGGAAGCACUUGCUAAAGGUGCAGUGCAAUUUUCUCGCAGAUUUACAUUAAAAGAACUGCAGGAAAGGUGGAACUCACUUCUGUAUGAUCCAGACAUUUCAGAGCAAGCUUCUGCUCGCAUUAUAGAGCUUGAACUUUCUGGUUUUAGCCCCUCAAGAAAGUUUAAUAAAUCGGAAACCAUAAUAGAGAGCACGGAGGUCCCUCGAAAGAGAAAAAACAAGAGCGUACACAAACACUAUUAUGCCCUGCAAAAGAAAAUUCGAAAUGAUUUUUUCAAUUCCACUGAUCUAUGUUUUCUGGAGGGACCCACUUUACAUGAUUUUAAUGGACACGGGGUUGAUUUUCAGCAUCAUGCACACGAGAAUGUGUCUCAUGACAGAAGUGUCCUGGGGACUUGUAUUUCAGAUAAUUUAAGGUUCCAGGAAGCGGAACUGGAUAUUCUGCGUAAUGCUUUCCCGGAAGCAUUGGGUGAGAUUGCUACCACGUCUUCUAUCGCUUAUCCGACUGGAUGCACAAAUACAGCCGGUGAUAGCCAAGUAACUGAAGUUUUGAGGAAUACUGGAUUUUCUGAAGGUUUCUCAGCUUCCUUACAAGGGAGGGCUUCUUGUAUUCAGUCAAGUAUUAAACACUGUGAAGGGCCUCAUGUGUCCAAAGAUAAUUCCCUUAACUAUAGAAAAUGCCCAGUUGGUGAGGGUUGCUGUCUACCAUCAACUACUGCAGAUGGUGAGUUUACAGAUCUCCCUGAUUCACUUUUGAAUCUUCCGAACGAUGAUGAGAUUCUCGUGGAGGAUGAGGAUGUGAGGAGCAUAUUGGACAAGUCAUCUGAUAAAAAUGGUAUUCUCAUGAAUUCUUCUGAUUGCAUUCCGAAAGGUGGGGCAUAUACUCAUGAAGCGAAGUCAUUAAUUGAUUCCAAAACAUUGCCUUUACCUCCAGAUGGUACAGACUCUAUUGACUCAGAGAUUGUUGCUUCUUCUACAUGUGGCCAGGAAGAUCCUUGUUGUCCAAAGCUUACUGAGCCAUCUAACUUAACAUCAAACACAGACUCGAGUAAACUAACUGAUGGUAGCAUUUGUUGCACGUUAAACACCGAGGACACUGAAAUCCCUUGUAAUGAUGAUAUAUUCUUACUUAUCCACCCAUCCACGUCAUUUGGCUCUGCAGUGAUAGAACCUAGGAGCACACACUUUAUAGACACAGUAUCUCCUGCUAUUCAGAAGGAUGCUAAAGAAGGAGUGAAUUCCUUGACAAAAGGGAAAGGUUAUAUACCGUCUCUUUCAUGGUCUCACAAGAUUGGACAAGGCAUCUUAGGGGAAGCACAUGCUCAACAUAGAGUGCUUUCCUCUGCUGUGAAAUCCAAGCUGCCUGAAACUAACCGUCUCUCUUUGCUCUCUGGGGAGGCAAACAAGGCUUUCUCUGACUCAAGUCAAGACAUAUCCUUGCAAGGAAUUGUUGAUGCCCCCACUGAUAGAUUGCAAGAGCAGGGUGCUGCUAUAGCUGGACUGGUGGGAGAUGCAUCAGACAUACAUCCGAGUAUGCCACGAUUUGCUGAAUCAGGUUCUGUCAUAGCUAAUGUAGAAUCUUCAUUCAACCCUUCAUCAUCAGACCAGGAAGAACCAACAAGUGAUGACGAUGUACCAUAUUUUUCUGACAUUGAAGCCAUGAUACUUGACAUGGACUUAGACCCACCUGAUCAGGAUUCAUAUACUGCAACUCACUGUAAGUUUUUUAGAGUUUAAUGAUUGAUCCUUUUUUAAAGCUCACGUGUAUAGCCAUGCACUUUAGAAUCUUGGAAAAUGCAACACGCCCGUAUUAGUUCAUACUAGCUAAUCAUCUACAUACUUCUAUAAAGAAUUUUUGUUGACAUCCAUUUUACCUGCUGGCCAUCAAGUAAACCCAGGGUAGUCAAGACUCAAGAUCAAGAUCCUACACAGGGUCCUGUAGGAAUAUCAAGAUCGUUGGGCAUAUGAUUGUAACACGAUCAUAAGAUCCUACACACGUGUGUGUAACACCCCAAUUAGUUCUGCUUUGGUCUAUUUCUGCUAUGUUUUAAUAAUCAGUCUGGUUUCAC